GUAAGAGUAGCUUAAAACAGCAGCUUCGUUUACAUAGUUCACAAAGAUUCUUAAACACCGAGCCUGAGGCUAAGAGUCCGAACCUGAGAAGCCUGAACAAAGCCAAGUUUUCCCGCUCAUUAUAAGACAGAAAAAGACAACAAUUUAAUAGAGCCACUCUCUCUAUUUCUCACUCUCUGUUAUAUCACUUAGCUUAGCGUAGUGGAGAAAAGGAAGAGCCUUUGUAAAGCUUCUCACAUACUCUUCUAAUUUAGACAUGGCAAGGGCUUGGCUUAUUGACAGUCGAACAAUUGCGAGAAAGGUGAAAAAUCCAGCUCGAGCUUGUGCUUAUCAAAUCAAAGACUAUGGGGCUAAUCGCGAUUGCCCAAAUUGCCACCAUCGUAUAGAUAAUAGUGAUGUUUCUCAUGAUUGGCCUGGUUUGCCUGCUGGUGUAAAGUUUGAUCCAUCUGAUGCUGAGCUCUUGGAACAUUUAGCUGCAAAAUGUGGUAUUGGAGCCUCAAAACCACAUGCAUUUAUCGAUGAGUUCAUUCCUACACUGGUUGAUGACAAAGGAAUUUGUUAUGCCCAUCCUGAAAAACUUCCUGGUGCUAAGAAAGAUGGAAGCAGUGUCCAUUUCUUCCAUAGAACAAUUAAUGCUUAUGCUACUGGUCAAAGGAAGCGCCGCAAAGUCCAUAAUGAAGAUGGUUCAAGUGAGGAGCAUGUUCGCUGGCACAAGACUGGGAAGACCAAACCUGUGACAGAAAAUGGAAUGCAGAAGGGGUGUAAGAAGAUCAUGGUUCUUUACAAAAGUUCAAAGAAGGGUACAAAGCCUGAUAAAUCUAAUUGGGUUAUGCAUCAAUACCAUCUUGGGACUGAUGAAGAUGAGAAGGAAGGAGAAUAUGUGGUCUCUAAAAUUAUUUACCAACAGCAAAAGCAAAUGGACAAUAAUGAUGACAUUACUCUUGUUGAAGAUUGUGAUAUUUUGGCACUUCAAACUAGUCCAAGGACUCCUAAUCCAAAUCCUCCCAAUCCACCACGACCAGGGACAUCUCGUAUAUGUUAUGAUUGUGCUGAUAAUAUAUUACAGUCCUCUUUUCAGGAAGAGAAGGUUAUUAUUAAGGGAGAAUAUGUGCCUGUAGAUGCUGUUCAGUCUGAGGUAUAUGCAGCUCAGCCCGAGUUAGAUGCUGCGCAGCCCGAGGAUGAUGUAGGAUACCCGGAAUGGUUGGCCGGAGAAUCUCAGGCUGUAGAAAACACUGAUUUCUGUGGCAUCGACGAUCCUUUGCUAUGCAAAGAAAUUCUAGGCUCGUCUUCUCUUUUCUUCAAUAAUUCAGGACAAAAUAAUGCAUCAUAUACCAGCAUUGCUCAUACUAAUGAAGUGACUGGAAUCAAUAAUGCACCUUGUGGGAUUGCUGAACUUGCUAACUUAGAUCUAGACACACCACCAGAUUUCUCUCUUGCUGAUCUGCAAUUUAGUUCUCAGGAUAGUAUAUUCGGUUGGCUAGAUCGACUAUGAUGACAUGUUACAGAUAUAUAUAAUUGGGUAUGGUCACCCAGUAAUGACUACAGCUUACGAAUUUCGUGCUGUCCCGGUUUGCUGCUGAAGCUGUCUGGUUUUCUCAGCAUUUUCUUCAGCGGCAACAUGUAGAUUCAGCUUGAUUUGCUUUAACGGACCGUGUAGGAUGCAUUCCGUUUCUGGCUUAAGGAGCGUAUGGAAGAAAUGCCAAGCUUGUUGAAGAUCAGUACUAGAAAUGGCUCUAAUGGUUUUUUUGUUGCAGCCUUAAUAGAUCUAUUAAUAUUACUGUACUAAGCAAGUACUAUUGGAGUUUCAUUUGUGACUUCCAUGGCUUUCUAAAGCACUUUAAUCAGGUACUGCUGGGGGUAUAUAUAUUAUUAAAACCAUGGAAGCAACAAUUGAAUCUCCAAAAAUGGUAUGGAUUUCUUUAGUGAAACUUCAGUGUGCUAAUAUUUAGACUGAACUGGUGUGAAAUCUUAUAAAUUUUGAAAUGCCAAUUUUGAUGUUUAGAAAGAUCAAA